GUCGUCUCCUGCCUGACCGAAUAAGUGUUCUGCUCUGCAGAAAACCACCCGAGACAGACGGCGGUUUUCUGGGUGGAGAUGCAUUUUCCAGCAACUUCAUUCCACAAACGUCAGGCAAGUGCAUCGGACGAUAUCCCGAAAUCCUGUCUGUCUGUCGGAAGGAACUUUGGCGGAAGUUCUUGUGGGUUUAGAUUUUUUGGUGUCAGAAGUGAGUAGGAGUUCAAGAAAUUUGGUACAACUCCUCUUAGUAGUGUUUCGGAAGGUGAAAAGGCAAGAAAUCGAUUGGUCAAGUGAAGAAAAAAAUCGUGUGGUCCGGUCAAGUCUUAAGGACACUGUGAAUUUCCUCAUACUUUGAAGGACAUUUCCUGAAGUAGAAAAACUUCUCAAGUUUAAAGCCGUAGUGUCCAAAUUAUCGAUAUCUCCGGCUCAUCAAGCCAGAAUCUACUCUAAAACGGUGGGAUCCUCCCAAUAAAUCAAGUACAAAACAUCUUCGGCCAGCAACUUUGAGCCAGAUACCCGAUGCAUUUCUCUGGUCAGUAGCUGUUGGGAUGGAGGAAAAUUUUCUUCCAGUCACAAAACGAUCGAUAAUCGUCCCCUCUGACUGAGAACUGAGCUGAGACACACAGAGACACUUGAGAGUGAGGCGGCGCGUGGUUCUGCUCUGGGUGGCUGGCGGGCCCUCUUUCUGGCAAUAGUGUGCAAGCUGCCUGGCAUGUAUCGGAAUGUGUAAAACAAACGAACUGCAAGUAGAAAAGUGCAUCUGAGUGCCACCCGGUUUUCAAUAUCUGAAGCAAACGGCGAUGAUGGUGUCUCCGGCUGCAAGUGUGAGGAAAACAGGAAGAGCGUGAGUGUCACUAACUCUCAACCCCCAUCAGCUCCGUGUGUGUGUAUUCGUAAUUGGGUGGUGGGUGACUAUGGAGUGGAGUGGGUUCGAUUUUCACCAACCCACCACCAACAUCGAAUCGGUUUUCACUUUGACGAUCUGGCUCAUAUAAACUGGCACACGCUUACGAAACGCGGAGAGUGAAGGUUCAAGUUAGUGAGCAAAAACCGAAAGAAAAACGCGCGCGAAAAAAUCUCGCGGAGAAAAUUCCCGACCCUACAAUUGACGUUAGGUUGAAUGCGGUUUUUUUGUGGGUGGUAUCAUAUGUUUACAAACAUAUUGCAAUAUUCGGCGGACGGACUUAGUGGUGCGGCAUUUCGCGACGGGAUGUUUUGAAGUGAGAAACACCUGAUUGAAGUUCGGUUUCGCAGCCGAGCAUGUGACAUGAGCUCGUGGAAACUCAAACGCUAAUUAAGAUUGCUCAAAAUUGAAAACAAAAAAAACCAAUUCAUACAAAAACACCAGCUAGGGGAAAGUGUUUCGAACGCCCGGUCCCGGCGGCAAAAGAUGUCCGGCUUGAUGACAACGACGGCCAAUAUUCAUCCGAGUGGCGAACCAUCAGCAACAUCAGCAUCGACGGCAACUGCAAUUGCGAACGCCACGAUUCUCAGUGACGAAUUGAACUUUACCGCCUUUAUCGAUCUGUGCCGGUUCUGUGCGAUCAAGAGUGGGUCCCGGCUGAACAUCUUCGACAAGGAAGCCGAACAUCGCCAGAUUCUGUUCAAGAUCCGAACAAUUUUGCCGAUUGUGAUAAACAAGGAGGACUUCCUGCCGAAAAAGAUUUGCGACCGGUGCGUCGGCCGGAUCGAGCAGUUCUUCGAAUGGCGCGCCAGCUGCGUCCAAACUGACGCCAUCCUGCGCAACUACGCCGAUUCGAUGCGUGUCGUGACCGCGACGAUCAACUUUCAGGACGGUACUGUUAAUAUCGACAAGAUGACCCCGGCUCAAAAGAACGCUUACCUGGAAGCGCACAUGGCAGUGCAACAGCAGAUGAUGCAAGCUGCCCAGCAGUUGCAUGCACAGCAACAACAACAGCAGCAGCAGCAACAGCAACAUCACCUUCAACAGCAGCAGCAACAACAACAGCAACCGCAACCGCAACCGGUUACUUUACAGGCUCAUCACGUUUCGUCGAAGUCAGCGAAGAAAUCCAAGCCGAACGUCCACGAAACCCAUCAGCAGCAGCAGCAACAACAGCUGCAGCAGCCGCAGCAAAUACAGUUCCAUCACCAGCAAGUACAACAGCACGUGGUGCAAGCGUUGCAACAGCAACAACAACAACAGCAGCACCACGCUCACCAACAACAGGUGAACAACAGCAAUACGGGUUCGACGAGCGCUGCGCCGAUCGUUACGACGCACUACGCUCACACUAUCAAGGUUCCACAGAUCAACACCAGCUCAAUCUCGAACGCUAGCGUAGCGACUUCGACGACCACAAGUGGCACCAGUGGCGACAACAGCAGUACCUUCACCGUGCCAGACGACGUCGGUAUGGGUUUUGAAGGUGGAGUACGCGUUCUUCAAAGUUUGGGGAAUUGGUCACCGGAGAUACCGGCUAACAUACCGAGGCCAAACUUAAUUCCAUUUACAGAACCCUACGUGGAAGGUGGAUCGAUGCAUCCCGGCACCCGACUCAAGGCACUCCAGCAAGUUCAACAAUCGUCCAGUACUAAGAAAAAUGUGUCGAAGCCGAAAGCAAAUAGUAAUAGUAGCAGCACUGCUGCAAGUAAUACGGUCAAUACGGGUCCACCGAAGCCGGUCUUCGAGUGCACAAUCUGUGGGAAAGGGCUAGCGCGAAAAGACAAGCUAACAAUCCACAUGCGAAUACACACCGGCGAAAAGCCCUACAUCUGCGAGGUGUGCGACAGAGCUUUCGCUCGACGGGACAAACUGGUGAUCCAUAUGAACAAGUUCAAGCACGUCACACCGACGAACAUCGCUCCGUUGGGCAAGCGACAGAACCGAACGCCUACGAUAGUGAAAAAGGAGGAAACCACCAACAAAAGUGAAGACAAUAAGCCGAUGCUGAUAGACCACCAUGCCUUAGCAACGCAUACACUCACGACGGUAGUCAACAGCAUAACGGGUCAAAAUCAACAACAACAGCAACCACACCAGUUGAUUAUCGGAGGACAUGGGCAGCAAUCGGAUGGGCCAACAACGCAUACGAUCGCCGGGAUGACAAUAGCGCAACAGCAACAGCAACAGCAGCAACAACAUCACCAGCAACAGCAUCAGCCGCUGUCCUGGACUUGUGAACUGUGUGGAAGGAUGUUCCCUUCGCGGGAGGAGUGGACGCUGCACGCCAAGAGCCAUCUGGAGUAUUGACAGCAGCCCGGCGGUGUCGUUGUAGGAACCGGUAGUAGCACCAACAAUAGUACCAACAGUCGGGAAAAGCACAAUCAGCAGCCGCCAACGCAAUCAAUUGUUCAAAGCCAGCAAGCAUUCUACUCGCCUAGUAGCAACAACAUCAGCACCGGCAGCGGAAGUGACGUUCCCGCGCCAACGACCCACAGCAUAGUAGUACAACCGCAAACCGGAUCCAACUACUGCUUCCUGUGCCGGCAGGAUUGUGGAAGUCAGGCCGAAUUUGCCGCCCACAUUCGGAGCCACUUUGUCGAUGGGAAGAUCUCCGCUACCACCAUCGAUUCGGCAACACUGUUCACCCGACAGGUGGGGGAUAGUUCCGGUGCUCCCAGUGCUGCUGGUGGUGGUUCUGUGUAGUAGUUUAAUAAAACAGCUCAGAUAAACUAUUUUUUAAGUGAUAGUCUUCAAACACGCUCGCUGAAAGCGAACACAAUCGGGUACUUAGAUGUAUGGGUUUAGUUUUAAAAUUUCGUUGUCGGUUAAGAUUUGUUUAAUUU